AUGAGGUUUGUACAGCGGCUAUACAAGCGUCUGCCUUCUGUUCCCUCGGCAGUCGCAGCAGAAGACUGGAAGAAUGAGAAGCCCAAGGCCCUCUCGCGGUUAUCCUUCUUCCGCAGGCGCAUCAGAUUAAAAGGAAAUUCUUCGAUAUCAAUCCCGUUGGGAUUCCUCCUCCUGUUCCCCAGCGUGGUCGUUUUCACCAUUCUCAUCCUCGUCAUAAAACACCCCAACUCACCGGGGCGGAUACUGGUGCCCGCUGGCACGCCUCCGUCGAUAAGAAAGAUCAGCGAGAAACACGACCGCGUCUUCGCAACGGGAUGCCAGGAUGUCCUGGCGGCCGCAGAGCAGCCGCGUGCCAACGCCGCUUUUGUCGUUCUUGCCAGGAAUAAAGAGUUGGACGGAGUCAUACAAUCGAUCAAGAGCAUCGAGCGGCAUUUCAACCGAUGGUUCCACUAUCCCUACGUUUUCCUCAACGACGGAGAGUUUGAGCAGGGUUUCAAAGAUACCGUCACUAAUUAUACGAGCUCCACCGUGGAAUUUGGCAAGAUUGAUCCUACGAUGUGGGGAUACCCUGACUGGGUCGACCAUGAGGUCGCACGGGAGGGGAUCCGCAAGCAAGGAGACGCCGCCAUCAUGUACGGUGGAAUGGAGAGCUAUCACCACAUGUGUCGCUUCUACUCUGGCUUUUUCUACAAGCAUGAGUUGCUCGACAAGUACGAAUGGUACUGGCGCCUGGAACCCGAGAUCAAAUACUUCUGCGACAUCACCUACGACCCGUUCGUUGAAAUGGCCAGGGCGAACAAGACCUACGGCUUCACGAUUGCCGUCAAGGAGUUGAAAGAGACAGUACCCAAUAUCUUCCGCUAUGCGUCAGCUUACAAGCGCAAGAACAACAUCAAAUCUCAGGGACUUUGGGAGAUGUUCAUCGAGCCACAGCCAGAGAAGCAGGCCACCUCGAGUGACAAACGGCUGAAGACCCUGCCAAAUGAGAUCCUACAGACCGAGCCCGGCCACCAAAACAUCGAAGACAUUGACGGCGAAGCUAUGGAAGGUGAAAAAUACAACAUGUGCCAUUUCUGGAGCAAUUUCGAGAUUGCCCGGUUAGACUGGUUCAGGAGUAAAGAGUACAAUGAGUUCUUCGAUAUGAUGGACAAGAGUGGAGGGUUCUGGAUGGAAAGGUGGGGAGAUGCUCCAAUCCAUUCACUUGCCGCUGGCGCUCUUUUGGCGCCCCGGGAUAUCCAUUACUUCCGCGACAUCGGCUACCGACAUACCACGAUUCAACACUGUCCGGCCAAUGCACCCACACGACAGCUACCCAGAAUCCCAUGGCUGGAGAAGACGACCGAGGACGAGAAAGAAAGAAAGGAGGAAGACGAAUAUUGGGCCACGCCAGACACGCCCAAAGAAAACGGGGUAGGAUGCCGAUGCCGGUGUGACACCGACAUCCGCGACGUGGAGGGGAAAGAAGGGAGCUGUUUUGCGGAAUGGGUCGAAGUAGCUGGCGGUUACGCCUCGCCGUGA